UCCAUCUUGCAGCGCGGCCUCCAGGUGAGGUGGUGUAAGCCGGUGGGAUUCUUAGGGACACCCUCGCGGGGCGUGCUAGGGUUUGCGCCCAUUUUGUCGUGGGAUGUGCCAAGAGAGUAGAGGAGGUGCGGAGCAGCAACAUGCCGUGUGUGAGCCUUCCCCCCAAGGAGAGCAACCUGUUCAAAAGGAUCCUGAAAUGUUACGAACAAAAGCAGUACAAAAAUGGACUCAAAUUUUGCAAGAUGAUACUCUCCAAUCCAAGAUUUUCCGAACAUGGUGAAACACUGGCUAUGAAAGGGCUGACACUGAAUUGUUUAGGAAAGAAGGAAGAUGCUUAUGAAUUUGUACGAAAAGGACUUCGCAAUGAUGUAAAGAGUCAUGUCUGUUGGCAUGUUUACGGUCUUUUACAGAGGUCUGAUAAGAAAUAUGAUGAAGCUAUCAAGUGUUACCGAAAUGCACUUAAAUUAGACAAAGACAAUUUACAGAUUCUCAGAGAUCUUUCACUUCUACAGAUACAGAUGAGAGACUUAGAGGGAUAUCGAGAAACCAGAUACCAGCUUCUGCAAUUACGCCCAACGCAGCGUGCUUCAUGGAUUGGCUAUGCCAUAGCAUAUCAUUUACUUAAAGAUUAUGAAAUUGCCUUAAAACUGCUAGAGGAAUUUAGGAAGACUCAGCAGGUACCGCCUAAUAAAAUAGACUAUGAAUACAGCGAACUUAUCCUAUAUCAAAACCAAGUUAUGAGGGAAGCAAAUCUCUUUCAAGAAUCCUUGGAUCACAUUGAAACUUAUGAGAAACAAAUAUGUGACAAACUUCAGGUAGAAGAAAUCAAAGGAGAAAUGCUCUUAAAGCUUGCAAGAUUAAAAGAAGCCGCUGAAAUAUAUUGGAAGCUAUUAGAAAGAAAUCCAGACAACUGGAAAUACUAUGAGCAAUUAGAAAAAGCCUUGGAACCGGCUAAUAUUGAAGAAAGACUUCAAAUCUACCAAGAAGUUAGUAAAAGACAUCCGAGAGCAGUAUUGCCAAGGCGAUUGCCUUUAAACUUUGUAUCAGGUGACAGAUUUAGAGGCCUAAUUGAUAAGUUUCUAAGAGUCAACUUUAGCAAAGGCUGCCCACCCCUAUUUACUACCCUAAAAUCCUUGUAUAGCUGUUCAGAGAAGGUUUCUAUAAUACAAGAUUUAGCUACUGGUUUUGAAAACUCUCUGAAAACAUCUGAUUUGUUUAGUGUAUGUGAAAAAGGGGAGAAGGAACCGCCAACAACACUUCUUUGGGUUCGGUAUUUCUUAGCACAGCACUUUGAUAAACUCGGCCAGUGGUCUCUUGCCUUAGACUAUAUCAACUCAGCUAUUGCCAGCACUCCAACCUUAAUUGAGCUUUUCUACAUGAAAGCAAAAAUUUACAAGCAUAUUGGUAACCUUAAAGAAGCUGCAAAGUGGAUGGAUGAAGCUCAGUCUUUGGACACAGCAGAUCGGUUCAUAAAUUCAAAAUGUGCAAAAUACAUGCUGAGAGCUAAUAUGGUUAAAGACGCCGAAGAGAUGUGCUCAAAAUUCACCAGGGAAGGAACACCUGCUAUGGAAAAUCUAAAUGAGAUGCAGUGCAUGUGGUUCCAGACAGAAUGUGCCGGAGCUUACCAGAGACAAGGAAAAUAUGGAGAUGCGCUGAAGAAGUGCCAUGAGAUUGAAAGGCAUUUUUUUGAAAUAACCGAUGACCAGUUCGAUUUCCACACCUACUGUAUGAGGAAGAUGACUUUGCGUGCCUAGGUGGAUCUCCUGCGUCUGGAGGAUGUUCUUAGGCAGCAUAUAUUUUAUUUUAAAGCUGCUCAGUCUUCCAUAGAAAUCUACUUGAAAUUGCAUGAAAACCCUUUAACCAAUGAAGGCAAAGAACAGGAAGUAAAUUCAGAGAAUCUUUCAGCAAAAGAAUUAAAGAAAAUGUUAAGCAAACAAAGGAGAGCUCAGAAAAAAGCUAAACUGGAGGAGGAGCGAAAACAUGCUGAGAGGGAACGGCAACAGAAGAAUCAAAAGAAGAAGAGAGAUGAAGAGGAAGAAGAGACCAGUGGACCUAAAGAGGAACUAGUUCCUGAGAAACUGGAGAGGGUGGAGAACCCCCUUGAAGAAGCGAUCAAAUUCCUUACCCCAUUGAAGACCCUUGCAGCUAGUAACAUAAAAACACAUUUAUUGGCAUUUGAGAUCUAUUUCAGAAAAGGAAAGUUUCUCUUGAUGUUGCAGUCCAUCAAAAGAGCCUAUUCCAUAGAUAGCAAUAAUCCGUGGCUGCAUGAGUGCUUAGUACGGUUUUCAAAGUCAGUUUCAGAUCAUAGUAAUCUUCCGGAUAUUGUAAAUGAAGUGCUCACCCAGGAAAUGAAGAGCAUAUUUAUUAACACCAAUUUGAAAAGUUUUAAUGAUGAGUUCCUCAAAAGAAAUUCUACCUCCAUUCUGCAUUUGCUUUCAGGUGCAAAAAUGAUGUAUUAUUUGGACAAGUCAAGGCAAGAAAAAGCAAUUGCUAUUGCUACCAAAUUGGAUGAUAAUUUGAUAGACCGAAAUGUUAAAAGUCUGACCAGUGUCCUGGAAGCACUUCUUGAUGGUAGCUUCGGUAGCUGUAACACUCAGUAUGAGGAGUAUCGUAGCUCCUGCCAAAAGUUAUUUCCGUUUACACCUGCCUUUAUGCUUUGUGCAAAUGAAGACUGCGGCACAUUGCCAGUUAAUCAUACCGCUCUUAACCAUGACGUGCUCUGCAAUGAGAUAUAGCACAAUGAAACUUCAACUUUUAUAUCAUCAGGGUUCGCAUGAAUUUUUAUAAUGCAAGGCAGGUCAGAAUGUGGCUUGCUUAUGCCCAUUGCCUCUUGGCCAUUAAAUCUUUUUGAGCCUCCCAAAGAAAGGCCAAUAGAUCACAUCUCCGAUCGACAUUUGUCAUGUUUGUAAAUGUAAAGUUCAAAGUCUUUUAACUUCUUUAUUGAAUGACUUGCUUGAUUGCUACUCCUUCUGCAAUAUGAACAUUCAAAAAAAGCAAUCUGUGUUCCUAGAACAUUGCAACUAGAAUUAACCUUGAAAAUAUCUCAAGUGAUAUGUAGCAGUUCUUUGUUGAAACAUACUCUUGUUUUAUUUGACAGUUUUUAUUUUUUUUUAUUUUUAAUGUUUGAGUAAUUUUUCAGUGCAUAUCCUUGUGACAAAGCACGAUUGUGGCCUAAUGUUGUAUGUGGGUUUACAUGGUCUCAGAUCAUAGGUGGAGAGAGCCAAGCCCAUUUCAUUCACUGAUAGAAAAGCAAGAUCUUAAGAAGUGUUGUGAAAUACUAUCAUUUCUUAGUUCUUCUACUCUAUGCAUUUACUUCUAGGUUUGUUUGUGUCUUGGAGAAGUUCAGAUUGACAAAUGAGCCUUCCUCGGUUUUAAAUUGUGAUAUUUCAUGUUUUUGUCUUAUUCUUGUGUCUUGAGUAUUUUGUUUGGACAGAGUGCUGUUCAUUUUAUUGGCUGAAAAAAAUACCUUUUUUUUUUUUUUUUUUUUUAAUAGUUUGCUUUUAGAGAGCGAAUCAGCCCUUCAGUGAUGACUUUUACCUUCAAUUUGCGGCAUUGACUAGUAUUUUUAAGCAUAUCAAUGUUGUAAUCUUUACUACCUAUUGUAACGAUAAAAGGUUUGUUGUUACCAUGUAGUAAUGUUUGCAAAAGCAAUCGCGUCUAUGCCCAUUAAAAUAGGCUUAUAAUCUUCAUUGAAUCAUGAAUGAAUUCACUUAUUUUGAUCCCUUCCAGCCACAUUACAUAAGUUUACGUCAAUACUUUUGUGUAACACUCUACUUGAAUUGUUACAAAAAUGUUCUAUUUAAUUCAUGUGAACUGGAUUAAAAUAAAUUCUUUGUUAGAGAAUAUACUUUUGUUUUGUAUUUGUAAUUAAAGUGAACAUAUCUUUUCUUUACUAAUACUGAGAAAAAAAAUGUAUGCUUACUAUUCCCAAAAUAUAUCGGUUAUAAUUUAAAGGAGCAGUGUUUCUGACAUUUAAACAGAAUUUAACAAUUUGUAGGCUCAAUAGUUAUACUGAAGAAAACAGCAAAAUAUUUUAUAAAAAUUAUGUAUUUUAGAUGCAGGAUGUGAUCCCUGUAAAAAAUAUUUAAUUGGUUUUCAACCACUUAGAAUUGUACACAAACAAAAGUACUUACAUUUAAAUGUACAUGCUCAUGAUGGUAUUGGCUGUUGCAAACAAACACGUUCAAAAACUGUUUUAGCAAUUAAAAUUAGUAUAUUUUACACUUUACAUUGCAGUCUUGUUAAAAAAUACUGUACCCUUAAAAAAAUGCAAAAUUACUUUCAAGUUAUUGUUUUUAAUUUCACUAAUAUUUGUAAAUACUAGUGGUGUUGCUGGACAUUUUAUGAAAAAAAAUGAAGGUUAAAGAGAAUUUUAUGAAGUCAUACUGUACUAGAACAUAUAAUCUUGUUUCAUUUGUUAAAAUGACUGUCGAGGGAAGAAUUUCACUGUAAAAAACAAAUAAUUGCCAACAUAUGUAAUGAUGUAAUAAAUUAUUUUGUACACA